AUGAACCACCGUAUCAAGGCAAUAAGAGCAAUAAAGAAACGCCUGGCCGAGACUGCCAGAAGCUCAAUGGACUACGAGGAAGCGAACGCCAUGGUAGCUACUUGUUACGCUCUUACAUUCCAGUCCGUGAGUUUGGAUGACGGACUGGCGGAGUAUCUGACAUUCAUCCGUGGUAUUAUGAUCGUGGGAAUGCAAAUGCUGUUCCGAGGUAUAAAGCCGAUAUUCGAAAAUAUGUUGGAACCGGAUCAGGAUGCUUUACUAGAACCACUAAUGCAGGGCCUCCCACUAAUUCCAAAGGGCUAUACGGACUCUGCAAUGGAGGCUCUUACAAACCUCAAGCCACUUUGUGAGCGGCCAGUCGAAGUUGAGUAUCAUCAGCAUCUCGUCAAAAUGGCCGAAAAGCUCUACGUCAACUCGUGGGAUGCAUAUAAAGCAUACACGGCACAAUACGGCUGGUGGAUGUUACUUCCACACGACACCUUUCAAGCUCUUAUUGACCCCGAUAACCAGGUCAUGAUGCUGCUUCACUCACAUUGGGUUGCCAUCAACGAGAUCAUGUCUCCUAUCAGUGGGCAAGAACGAAACGUAUCUGAAAAGUACCCUCCACAGAGAGAUGACCAGCCACAACUUGAUCCUGGCUUUGCUCGAUGGCUUAAACAUAUUAAUGCUAAUAUCGAUCUUGAGCACCAAAUUUAUAAUCAGUGGCCGAUGUGGGUGGAGGAACAGUUGGAUAAUGAUAUUACUUUCUUUGGAAGGGUUUAA